AUGCACGCCGAAAACACAUCCGAUAUCGACCAAGACUUUUUCAAUGCGUUGGCGUUGCUGCACUCGACUGCGGAGAACAGUACCGAGAAGCUUCGUCGGUUACUGGACACUUGUAUUGAGAAAAAGUACGGCCGCGGAAAGACUCUGGCUGCCAGAAUGCCAAAGGGAUUUUUGCAGAACGUCGAACUACGCGACAAUGCAACUCCUGCGACGCGAACCUCGAGGAAACGCGAAUACAUGCAAGGACGCACGAUGAAACGCAAAUUUGUGGACGGUUCCGAAACUGUUCCUUUCCUCGAAGUCGACGUAGCGGAGAACAACGUGAAUUGUCGAGCAGUUGAUGUAAAAGUAUUCGAGGUCGCUUAUGAGGAGUGUAGCAACGACGAGGACGUUCCUAGGAUCUCGAUCCCCGACGAAGGAUUAUCCGCUGACGGGACUGUGUGCAAGAUAUGUAACGGAGUGAAACUGGGUGCCCUGAUUUUGCUGGAGUGUCAAGAGUGUCAAGAGGCUUAUCAUCCGUUAUGUCAUCAACCUCCGAUCGUUGAUGUCGAUGUUUAUGAUCCAAGAUUUAUAUGGCGAUGCAGACGAUGCAUGGAAACAUCGUCGUCGUCGUUGUUGUCAGCAACUUCCUCGAAAGUUAAAACUACUGAAAAUAGUUCCAUAGGUAAAGCACGACAAACUGACAGCGUGAUCAAGAAAAAAGAGAAUAUACAAGGAUCGAAGAUGCUCGAGAAAAAACGCGUUUCUCCCGAGAAAAAUGGGUACCUCUAA